CAUCCAUUUGAACGACAGGUGCCUUCAGUCAGAGUCGUCUAACAUCUUGGACCAUCCCCGCAUCUCCCAGCCCUCCCUUCCCGAACACCUCCUACUCACACUUCCUCCAGCCAACCGGAAGUAUCCUUGCUUUCUCGCUGCUGGAAUAAAUUAAAUUGGAAGAAGAGGCACCGAAUGAAGUGAGAGAGGGAGAGGGAGAGAGAGAGAGCGCGCCCCGAAUGUCAUUCACGCGCCCCGUGCGCAGCGAGUCCAGUCACCGCCUGCAUCAUCCACGGCGGCUCUCCGUGCGCUUUUGCGUGCGCCAGGAGCUGGGAUGAGUUAGGAGGGACAGCAUCCCCUGCACCGCUUCCCCACGCGCGCGCGCUGACUUCUCCUCCAUCCUCUGAAGUGGAAGCCCCCCUCAUCCUGCUGCGCACCUCCGGACGCUCUCAGCUGGAAAUACAACACAGUGAAAGUGAGGAGCUCGCUCUGUGGACGCGGAUGUCUACUUCUGUGUAGUUUAACUUGCACAGGCGCAAAUUGGUUUCGUUUGCGCCACACCAGAGAGGGGGAACAAUCAUUUCAACGCUGCGCAGUCCGUGCGCUCAGCUGAGCUCAACUUCCAGGCUGAACACAUUGAGGACUUUUUUCUUCUGGAAAUUAAUUUCUAUCAUUCCUGGACUGAUAGACUUGCAGCAUAAGCAAGACUCAUCGGGAGUGCAGUGAGAAUGAGGAGUCACCGGGGCCGGGGGAAGCAGCAUGAGUGGCCCGUGCAUCUCCAUUAGACUGUCGGCCCUCAUGUUUCCAUGGACGUGGUUAACACUGAGCCUGCUCCAGAGCUGCUUGAUCGCAGGGGCCGCGGCGGCGGACUCUGCCGGGGCCGGCUUCAGCGGCUCCGCCGGGCCCCUGGGCUGGCUGCUGUCAGAGAAGGGUCCCUUUCACAACUCCCAGGAGUUUGUUGAUUUCUCAGAGCGCUACCAGCAGGGAUUCACCACCAAGUACAAGAUAUACAGGGAGUUUGGACGUUGGAAGGUGAACAGUUUGGCCCUGGAGAGACAAGAAAACAAUGGCUUUUCCAUACCGCUGGAUGCCGAGUUCCUCCAGACUAUUAGGCAGCUGGGCAGGAGGCCCAGUCAAAGUGCCAUCAUUGACAACAUUAUCAGGAAAUAUGGAACCCACUUCCUGCUUUCUGCUACGUUGGGAGGGGAAGAGUCAUUAAUGAUCUUUGUGGACAAGCGGAAGUUGAGUCGGACAUCUGAAGGGAGUGAAUCCAAUGGCACAGCUGUGACGCUGGAAGCUCUGCACCAGCUGGCCGCCUCCUACUUUAUCGACAGGGAGAGCACCCUGCACAAGCUGCACCACAUCCAGAUUGCCUCCACUGCCAUCAAGGUGACCGAAACAAGGACGGGUCCUCUUGGAUGCAGUAACUAUGACAACCUCGACUCUGUCAGCUCCGUUUUGGUUCAGAGCCCUGAAAACAAGAUUCAUUUGCAAGGUCUCCAGGCAAUACUCCCCGAGUAUCUGAAAGCCAAGUUUGUGCAGGCUGCUCUCAGCUACAUAGCCUGUAAUGAGGAAGGACAGUUUGUGUGCCGGGACAAUGACUGCUGGUGCCGGUGUGCCGUCGACUACCCACGCUGUAAUUGCCCUGAGGUGCAUCUGAAGGCUAUGGAAGCCAGCUUACUGCAAAUCCAAGAUUCCUGGUACAUGGCCAACCAAGAAUUUGAAGAGUCAGAUGAGUUUCAGAACUUUGUUCGGAGGCUUCCCACUUUCUACGCCCUGAACUCGUCCGCCAUCCAGUACUUCUGGAAGAUGGAGCCAUCCGUUCAUCAGCGCUACAAACAGCUGGAGCUCAGCAGCCAGCAGCUCCUGAGCAAAGCCCGGCGCAUCAUCAACAAGCUCUUCACCCUCAGCAAGAGGUGUCAAACUCAGCCCCAAAUUAUCAUGCUGAGGGAGAGGCCCUUCAGCUACUGGCUGAACUACAUCCUCUCCAUCAUGUACUGCAGUGAAAACAAUCACGUCGGCUCCUACUUGGAGGAGACCCGCAGCUGCUCCUGCCCCUACGAACACCCCCCUUGCCAGAGUGUGAUACCGUGCACGGUGGGGGAGGGCACCUCCUGCGCGUCCUGCUCUUAUGAAAACCGCUCCCGCUGCGCCACCUGCAACCACGGCUACAUGCUGAGUCAGGGCAUGUGCCGGAACGAGGUGCCGGACUCCACUGACCACUACAUCGGCUUCGAGAUCGACCUGCAGGACAUAGAGCUGCGCUACCUCCUGCAGCGGCGCGACAACCGUAUCAGCAUCCACGGAAUCUUUGUCAGCAACGACGUCAGGCUGAACAACUGGUUUGACCCUUCGUGGAGGAAGAGGAUGCUGCUUACACUCAAAAGUAAUAAAUAUAAGUCGAAUCAUGUCCACAUGCUUUUGGGGAUUUCUCUGCAGGUCUGCCUUACUAGGAACAGCACACUGGAUCCCAUGCUAUCCGUCUAUAUCAAUCCGUUUGGGGGCAGCCACUCGGAGAGUUGGAUCAUGCCCAUUGACCAAAACAACUACCCAGACUGGGAGAGGACUAAACUAGACCUUCCCCAUGACUGCUAUAACUGGACUUUGGCUUUAGGUAACAAGUGGAAGACAUUUUUUGAGACUGUGCACUUUUACCUACGGAGCCGGGUCAGAGGGCCCUCGAGUAAUGGAAACGGAACGGUGUAUUAUGAACCCUUGGAAUACCUUGAACCGGGACAAAAUUUCGGCUACAUGAAGAUAAAUAGCAUCCAGGUGUAUGGCUAUAGUAUGCACUUUGACCCUGAGGCGAUCCAAGACUUGAUUCUCCAGCUGGACUACCCCUACACUCAGGGCUCGCAGGAUUCGGCCCUACUGCAGCUGCUGGAGAUCCGGGACCGGGUCAACCGGCUCUCCCCACCCGGAGCUCAGCCUCUUGAUCUCUUCUCCUGUCUGUUGCGGCACAGGCUCAAACUGUCAACCACAGACGUUGCCAGGAUCCAGGCAGCCCUGCAGACUUUCAGUGCCAAGCAGCCGCACUCCAUAGAAUACGAGACAACCAAAUUGUGUAGCUAAUAAGUGGGCAGAUGACCAGGAGCACAGAUGGAGCGGUUAUCCCACGGGCCUGAUGAUGGUAAAGAGCAAUUCUGAAGCUGUUCAGUGGACAAUUUGGGGACAUUUUCUAUGUUAUUGCGAGUCUCAGCAGUGUAGUUGAGAUUCUCACAUCGGCUUUUCCUAUAAAUUUGUAUAACACCCUAGAGUUAAAGAGGAUUUCACCACACUUGCCUCACAGCUUUUCACUCCUGCUGAACUUUGACAGAUCAUAACACAGAUUUAAAGCCCUGCCAUCACUCUUAAGUUGCCAGUGGUGCAAUGUUUGCAGCUUACACAGAUGUCAGUCACUUACAUGCAUUAAGAAAAGUUUUUGCUGAUAAAUACAAGCAAUGUAAUCAUCUUACAAACACAGGCAUUAUGUUUUUUGUUUUUUUUAAUUAGAAUCAUUUUUUUGGUCAAUUGUUUUUUGUUUGUUUUUUUCAUUAUUACUAUACAACACAAUCUGCUUGGUUCUUAUUUUUUUCCAUCCUCAAACAGAUCGCAUUUUUCAAAAGUCUGCUUUGAAUUUUAUAAGAAAAAAACUGAAAUAAAGUUAAAGAACCAGAGAUGUUUGAUGCAGAUUUACAAAGGAGAAUCAAUGUACCAUAUUCAUGAUAUAUGUUACAUGUGCUUUUAUUUUUAUAAUGCUGUUGUUUGUGAUGGAAAAAUGACAAAAACACUGUCUAUAAAAUGUAAAGUACAACUUUGUUAAUACACUGAAUAAAAUACAUUUUUAUGUGUGGUCUAGAAGCAUAUCAGGUACAUUGGGGAGUCAUAGCUACACUCAUCAUAGCCACUGGAUUCCAUAAGUAAUCUUCCAUAAGUACGUCAAAAUUAAUGUGUUUUGCAAAGGUUUUUUUUUAAUUAAAAAAUACUUUUCAGGGCUCCUAAAAAAGUAUUUAAAACAUAAAAUUUAUAAAUUAAAAAUAAUAUCUUUAACUGCUUUAUUUUAUUUUUUUUAAGAAUUUUGAUAUUUGAGCUUUAAAUAUUGUGCUUUUUUGAAACUUUUGGAUUUCACAUGACUUGCCAAAACAUUUUUUUAUGAUGACCAUUUUGAUCAAAUAAUGGAAAUAAAGAGCGACAGAACCAAUCUUAAUGCUGUGUGUCCAACGCCAGUUAAUAAAUAAACAGGAAAAAGCUGCUACGAUAUCAGGACAGAGACUACAAACAAGGCAAGAACUAAGAAGCUACAGUUUUGAUCAUGAGGAAAUGCAAAUUUAACAUGAAUUAGAUGGAUAAAAUAUUUUUAUUUAAGUAUUAAAGAAUCAUUUUUUUCCUAAUUUUUGUUUUUUAUAUCAACUUUUGAAUUUAAUUAUUUUAAUUUCUUAUUGUUUUCUUACUGUCAAGAAAUUCCCAAUGUUGUUAAAAAAUAAUUUUUAUUUAAAUCAAACAUUUUAUGAAUAUCCAAAUGAAUGUGGGUCGUUUUGACCCUCUAAAGGUGCAGCUUGGAAACAAAACAAACACUUUUUUAUUAUUAUUAUCAGAGGCUAAGUAAAAAUAUUAGUGACAUUAAAAUUCCAAGUUUUCUAAAAGUUUGUUUAGUAAAAAAAAAAAA